UCUCCUCGGUGAACUCGGUUUACCUCCAUCGCAGAAAGAUGACUUUCUCCAGCCUGUGCUAUCCAGAAUGCGGGGUGGCCCGGCCCUGUCCAGUCACUGGCACCUGCAACGAGCCGUGCGUUAGGCAGUGCCAGGACUCCGAAGUGGUGAUCAGACCCUCACCGGUGGUCGUCACCCUCCCAGGACCUAUUCUCAGCAAUUUCCCUCAGCACAGCGCAGUGGGAGCUGUAGGAGCACCUGUGGUCGGACCUGGUUUCGGGGGCUCAUUCGGUCAUGGGGGAUACGGCUAUGGAGGCCUUUACGGAGGAUUGUACGGUUUAGGGGGAUACGGUGGUUACGGCGGCCAUUACGGUUAUGGGGGAUUAUGGGGCCAUGGGGGAUACUGCGGUUACCCAGGUCUUUAUGGUUACGGGGGAUUAUGGGGAUACGGGGGAUAUGGCCGUAGGUAUCUCGGUGAACGCUGUGGGACAUGCUAAACCCAGCAGGAACAUCCGUGGAAGAAGGAAGAACCAGGAAACGAACAGCAAGAUACAGAUCCACCCCUGAUCUUUGGGCAUGGCUUUCAGAAGUGCUGUGCAUACAUGGCUUCAGUUGAACUCAGUGGGAGCUGUGUGUGCGCAGCACCUUGGUCUGAUAGCCGUGCUGCAUUUCUACUGUUACGCUUUAUGACUCUUUCUGCCAAGGCUUUCCCAACCGUGUUCUGUUUCUCUUAUUCACAUGUGGACUCAUUCUGAAUUACACUCAGGCUGUUUACACUAACCCCGCAAUGUAAAGGAAACAGGGGCCUUAAGAUGGAUAUCAGUUACAUUGAUUAUUAGUUUAAGUCCCUUUAGAGGGGAAAAAGAGAUCUUGGUGUCAAGGAGAAUUAGAUCUCAAAUGUUCUAACCUUUCCAUCAAUACAUACUGUUAGCGCCUCACUUUGACCUUUGCUACGGCCGACGUAUAGGGAGAAGUUUCACAGUUCUCUGCUUUUAUUUGGUUUUGUCUCAUUUCCCACCAACUGGGGUAAAACAAGGAACUUCAAAUGGUUGUAAAGGGGACUCGUUUGUCAACCUCUGCAGCUGCAACAAAGCAAAGAGAACAUCUUGUCUGAAAUACACCCCACUGAGGCCUGCAAUUGGUCAUGGCCCUUCUAGUAACACUGGAAAUACAUUCUUUCUGCUCUGUAGUAUUUCUCCUCUAACUCUGUACUGCCAAUUUCAAUUGCAUUAAAAACUCUGCUGCAUCCUAA